AUGGCGCCGCGUACGCGCAGAUCCCUUGGGGUCAAUGGCGCUGGAGUCGGCGAUAACAACGCCUCUCCAGCUGCUACCGACCCUGGAGUCACUCCCUCUGUCGCUCCUAAGAAGCGUGGCAGACCUUCCAAGGUCGAGGUCCCUUCCACCUCUGUCUCGUCCAUUGCUUCUCCUGCCCUGUCCAUUUCUGAUACUGGAGAAUAUUCAACCCCGGCCACCAGCCACGACGUCACUCCCGGAGUUGCUGCCAAUGGCCAGUCUACCAAGACUACUCGCAGUCGCAUCGUCAUUGAACUGCCUGCCGGUCUUCAAGAUGACGACGAUGAUGAGCUGUCUGCAUUUCCGGCUCCGACCACCAUCUCGUCGCGCACUAGAAGUGCUCGUCGAUCUCUCCGUCCUGCUGCUCAAGUUGUCGAAGACUCCGAUGAUGACAUGGAUCUUGACUUUGACCCGUCUCCAGACGCCACUCUAGCCCGACGCCUCCAGAAAGAGGAAUACGCAAAGGCUGCCGAGGAAAGAGACACUCCAUUCAUUGACGAGAGCAACUAUGAAGUUGACAAUGCAAGCUCCAUGGACUUGGAUUAUGGCUCUGGCAGCUCUGAAGACGAGGCCCUCGCUACCAGUGCACCGGCUCGCAAAAAGGCCAAGGCAGUAGCCAAGUCCAAGUCGAAUGCAAAGACUCGUGCCAAACCUGCCAAGAACCGCAAGGCCAAGUCGAAAGCUGCACUCUUGACGGCUCCUGAAUACACUCCCGAUCCCGAUGACCCCGACGCCGACGCUCCCGGUUUCGAGACCCCGUCUGACUUUUCGCAGUGGGAGAUAACCGAUGAUGAAGUAGAGGCAACCGGUGAGAUGGGACAGAUUGGACGUUCACGCCAUGGAUUUUCUGGCCCUGUUCACUCUAGACGAGCCAAGAAGGAGCGGUUGAGACUGGAAUUCUACCACCCCGAGCUCAAGACCAUGUGGGGAACCCUCAAGGAAGAGACCCCAGCAGAGCCGCCCAGGGCUGAGCAGCCUACCAACAUUACCCGAACUCUCAAGCCCUUUCAGCUCGAGGGUCUCGCCUGGAUGAAGAAGAUGGAACAGGACAAGUGGAAUGGUGGCAUCCUUGGAGAUGAAAUGGGUCUGGGCAAGACCAUUCAGGCAGUCUCUCUGAUAAUGUCGGAUUACCCUGCCAAGCAGCCCAGUCUCGUCUUGGUGCCCCCCGUUGCACUCAUGCAGUGGAAGUCGGAGAUUGAAUCCUACACUGAUGGCACGCUCAAGGUCAUUGUCUUUCACGGUACCAAUUCCAAGGCCAAGGACAUGACUGCCAAGCAGCUCAAGGCUUUUGAUGUCAUUAUGAUGUCGUACAAUACUUUGGAGUCCAUGUACCGCCGACAGGAAAAGGGAUUCCAGCGCAAGGAUGGUCUUUUAAAGACCAAGAGUGCUGUACACACGAUUCAUUUCCAUCGAGUCAUUCUUGAUGAAGCUCAUUCCAUCAAGACUCGUACUACAAUGACGGCCAAGGCAUGCUUUGCCCUCAACACCACGUAUCGCUGGUGCUUGACUGGUACACCUCUGCAGAAUCGAAUUGGUGAAUUCUUUUCCCUGAUUCGUUUCUUGAACAUGGCACCCUUUGCCUCGUACUUUUGCAGAUCGUGCCCCUGCUCCACCUUGGAGUGGGACAUGAAUGAUGAAGGCAGAUGCAAGCACUGCAACCAUGGGUCUAUGAGACACGUGUCCGUGUUUAACCAGGAACUGCUGAAUCCCAUUCAAAAGUACAACAACAAGGGUCCCGGUGCCGAGGCCUUCAAGAAGCUUCGCCUCAUGACCAAUCGCAUCAUGCUGCGUCGUCUCAAAAAGGACCACACCAACUCCAUGGAGCUUCCCGUCAAGGAAAUCUUUGUUGAGCGUCAAUUCUUUGGCGAGGCCGAGCAUGACUUUUCGAGCAGUCUGACCAGUGAGAACCAACGUCAGUUCAACACCUAUGUCGCCCAAGGUGUCAUGCUCAACAACUAUGCCAACAUUUUCGGUCUCAUUAUGCAGAUGCGACAAGUGGCUGAUCAUCCCGACUUGAUCCUGAAAAAGUCUGCCGAAGGCGGACAAAACGUGCUGCAGUGCUGCAUAUGCGACGAACCCGCCGAACAAGCGAUUCGAUCCAAGUGCCGGCACGACUUUUGCCGCUCGUGUGCAAAGAGUUAUCUCAACUCUCAGGAUCAGCCCGAUUGCCCCAAGUGUCACAUUCCUCUCUCGAUUGAUCUCGAGCAGCCCGAGAUUGAGCAGGACGAGGCCUUGGUCAAGAAGUCUUCCAUUAUCAACCGCAUAAAUAUGGAGAAUUGGACUUCCUCGUCCAAGAUUGAGCUCCUUGUUCACGAGUUGCACUCUCUUCGAUCCGACAGUGCCUCUCACAAGUCCAUCAUCUUUUCUCAAUUCACCACCAUGCUUCAGCUCAUUGAGUGGCGUCUGCGUCGAGCUGGUAUCACGACUGUCAUGCUCGAUGGUAGCAUGACGCCUGCUCAACGUCAAGCCUCGAUUGACCACUUCAUGUCCAAUGUUGAUGUCGAGUGUUUCUUGGUCUCGCUCAAGGCCGGAGGUGUCGCUCUGAAUCUCACAGAGGCCUCUCGUGUCUUUAUUGUCGAUCCCUGGUGGAACCCUGCCGCCGAGUGGCAAUCUGCCGAUCGUUGCCAUCGUAUUGGACAGACCCGUCCUUGUACCAUAACCCGUCUCUGCAUUGAGGAUUCUGUAGAGAGCCGAAUUGUCCAUCUUCAGGAAAAGAAGACUAGCAUGAUCAACUCUACGAUCAAUUCUGAUGAUGCCGCCAUGGAGUCCUUGACUCCCGAGGAUCUUCAGUUCUUGUUCAAGGGUUGA